UAUAUUUUAAAUCAUGAAUGGGCUAACACUGAGAAUAAGCAGUACCGGAAAAAACAAAAUAAAACCAACAGCAACUUUUAAUACAGUGUGUAUUCCUGAUAAUUUGGCAACAGAAAUUGCAAAAAAAAAUGAAAAGUUUAAAGAGUUUAUCAAAUCCAACGAAAAGAAACAACUUGAACUGCUGAGGGAACUAUCAUACCCAAUUAAGUAUGACCUGGGAACAUGUAAUGAGUUGGACACUCUGGAGCUUUUCGCUAUUGUAUUUCUAUAUUCAGAGUCUAAGCACCCAGCACAAUGUUUCGUUUUAAGAUUUGUCUCAAAUAAGGAAUCCCUUCUUGAACCUUUCACGGAGGCAUUAAUCAAGCAGAUUGAUCCCUUACUAUCGAGAGAACACAGCAGUUACACAUGUUACAAGUCGACCGUAGAACAGAUUUGCUGUUGCAUUGACAAUGAGCCGGGAAGUAUUGCUCUGAGGGCACUAGAAGUGCAAGUUAUGGAAUACCUUAACAACUGUCUUGUGUGUUGUGUUGGUGCUUUAAGAGAAAACAAUUUAGACUCAGUGGACAAAAAUGAUUUAUUUGCAAUUGUCCACACUACCUUUAGGAUAUUAUUGUUUCUUGUACAAAAGAUUAGUGACGAGAACCAUUGUACAGUAGACUCUAUGUUGAGUAGUAUAGAGUCUUCUGUUGUAGAGCUAUUAAAAGAACUAGAAACGCCUAUGGACACAAAAUCAGUUGGCAGUAUUUUAUUCGUAACACUGUAUAUUAAAAAGAAUAGACCAGAUUCUUGGCAAGAUAUUAUUGGACAGCCAAACAACGAGAAACUUUCAGAAAUAUUAGCGAAUGAAUCAGUGAAACUUAGUCUAGUUAGUGGCGUAGCUACAGUAGUGUCUACACCAGAAUUGUACUCCACAUUGGUUAAUGAUGAAGCGGCCAUGUUGACUCUAACUGAUGCGAUUAUAAGAGUCGGUGAAACAAUGUCAUGCGACACAGUAGUGUUACUGGGCGUGGCGCGGGCGCUGUGCGCGGUCAGCCGGACACUCGGCGACAGCGGGCGCUGGGGCGUCCCACUUGUGGGCAAACUGCUGCCCUUCGUGUGGGCACACCUGGAGCACAGCGUGGACAGCGUGGGACAUCUGUGUGCCACCGCGCUGGGAAAUAUUGUCGGAUACUGUGUGGGGUUGAAUAAAAAAGGUGACGGCGCACCACUGAGCGCGCUAGUAACAGCUCUACGCGGGUUGGAGCGGACCCGCAAGAGCUUGUACCUCGGCGUGUCGGCGCUGGCCAAGGAGCUGGGUGCCGUCACCGUGCUGCAGCUGAUGCCGGGCCUGAUCGAGCAGACCCUGGACCUGCUGAACUUCCAGCCGGUGCAGGCUAGUGCUCUGAACUGUCUGGACAAGCUGCUAGAGAGUCACGUGCGCAGCGCCCCCCGCGCGGCUGUGCAGGGGGCGUGGCUGGCGCCGCUGCUGCGAGCGGCCGCGCGCGACGCCUCCCCCCUGCCGCAGCGGCUGCUGGUCCGCGCCGCGCAGCUCGAUACAGACCUCCUGGACUACAUAAUGGACUACGCGAGGGAAGUAUGUGACGCAGACGACUUAAGUAGCGAAGAACUCAAACAAGCGUUGACGCUGCUGGCGGUAUGUCGCAAGUGUGGGGCCUUUAUCGAGGACCCACUCGACAAAGACGACGCUACUGAAGAAGGUAACGAAGUCCCUGAAAGCGAGGAUAAUGACACCCCUGAGAACGAAGAAAGUUGCGCUCCUGAGGGCAAGGACGCCCAUGAGUCUAAAGAUAACUUCAUUCAUCUUCAUCAUCACACUUAUAAAUCCCACGGGACUAAAGAUAGUAAACCUGAAUUGAAAGAAGUUACCCCUGAGGACCUUGAUGAAGCCCUAGAGAGUGAUGAUGAUAAGUGGAAGGGCGUACUCAGCUAUACCGUGUUGGAUCGUGCCGCGCUAGAUCCCCUACAGGAGAACCGCGUGCUAGCGCUAUCGCUGGUGUCGGAGUCCCCGCGCAGCACGGAGCCGCUGUCGGCGCGCGAGCUGCACUGGGCGCUGCGGUACAUGUCCCACAACAUCGCCGCCCAGUCGCCCAACUUCAGGCAUCACGUGAUGGGACUCGUUAAGAAGUUACUCAGCCGCGUCGAGGAAGGCUACGCGGCAUUGCGGCGUGCGCGCCGACCCGCUCGCCACUGUUUGGCGUUCAUUGAGAAGUUAAUCGCUGUGUGCUUCCGGAGUCUCCUACCCGGGGCCAACUACGGCCGCCGACAGAUGGCGCUGCAGGUGUUGACAUGGAUAUGCGACGCUCUGACGGCGCCGGCGACGGACAUCAAGUUGGAGUCCAUCAACCAGUGGGUGUACCGGCGACCACUCCUGGCCCAGGACCACAGCGACGCCAAAUUGCCUGGGCUAUGGCGUCAGGAGUACAUAGAAAUACUGCUGCAGCAUCUUGACGACAGCUACGAUACCAAUAAGCGAAUGGCGCUGGAGAUGCUGCAUAAAUGUCCCAUAGAACUGUUUACGACAAAGUACUCGACGAGCCUAGACUUUUCGGACAUACUACAGCAGGCGUCGUCAGUCCGCCCCUCGGAGUGCGUCGCCGCCGCGCACAAGAUGGAGCUGCUGCUGUACCGGCUGCCCGACGCCGUGCCUGCCGCCGACAGCGAGGCCACCGUGCCAGCGCAAUACGUGCGGUACCCGGUACGCCACCGCGCGGUCAUAGCUACGUUGAGUGUGGUGCGAGCACAACUACAACAGCUGCGUAUGUCGCUGUUACACGCUCGCGACGCGCCGCUACACGGCGUGUUGCACGUGUUGCGGACGUUGUUACUGCUGCGGCCCGGGGAGCUGUCUUUCCUCAGCGUCCUAGAUGAAAACCCGCAAUGGCGGGUCGUCACAGAAGAGAUACUGGAGCUAUGCUACGAGGUGAGCGCUGUCGUCGCGCCCGUCGUCAACAGCGCGUCGCCCGAGGGACACCUCCCCAUGGACGCCACGCCCCUUGAGGAUAGCGAUGGUGUCGUGCAAUUCGACGGGCGGCACGUUACUGCACAGAUGGUGCUGCUCUGCGCCUGGAGGACCGUUAGAGAGGUUUCCCUAAUCCUUGGGCACAUAGCGUCACAAGUGUGGUCGUGGUCGACGGAGCCGGCCAACCUGCCCCUGUCCCGGCUGUACGAGAUCGGAGCUCACUUCACGUCGCUGCUCACGGAGCUCAAACACCGCGGCGCCUUCGAGCAGGCGUACGUCGGCUACACCGUCAUGCUGGCCAGUCUGUGGAAGCAUCGCGAGCCGCCGAUGCGCGAGAUACCCGCCGCAUGGCUCGACCAGCUCAUGGACGCCAUCGCCAGCGGCGAGACGAACUUGUGUGCGACGCGGCGCAGCGCCGGCCUGCCUUUCAUGAUACAGGCGCUCGUAACAACAGAGCUGGCGGCGGGUGGGCGGCGCUGGGCGGAGUGCGUGACGCGCCUCCUGCGUCUCGGCAGCACCGGCGCGGCGGACACGCGCGUGCACUGCGCGAACGUGCUGCGCGCGCUGUUCCGCUGCGGCGCGCUGCACGACCACCUCGCGCCGCACGCGCCCGCUGCGCUGCUGCUGGCGUUGCGCGGCUUCAGAGCUGAUACUUGGAGCGAGCGCAACUCAUCGACGUUGCUGUUCGCGGCGCUCGUAGUGUGGACGUUCGGCGUGCAACGUUCGCGCGACGCGGACGCGCUGUGCUCGCGCAACACCAUGACGGGCCGCAUGUUCUUCCAGCGCUUCCCCCAGCUCUACGACCACAUGCUGAACGAGCUGCGUGAGAUGACUUCGGCAGCGGAUUGUAUGUCGCGCGGCGCGCAGUUCCCAGUGCUGCUGCUGUUGGCACGCCUGCACCCCUCGCCGCUAGAGGGCACUGCAACCAACCUCAAGGUGUCGUCAUUCGUGCCGCUGGUGCGUGCGUGCGGUGCGGGCGCGGCGCGGGCGGCGCGGCGACUGGCGGCGCGCGCGCUGCCACCUCUGUUAGCGCCGGGAACCUACCUGCCGGCCAUACUGGAGAUGUUGUCGUGCGCGUGCGACGCGCGCCAGCGUACUAAUUAUCGCCACGGUACUAUACUACAGCUAACAAAGAUAUUCGAAGCGAAGGCCGACAUACUGAGUACAGAGGAGUUGUCUGACGUCGCGCUGUUGUCGUCACUGCGGGCUGCGGUGUCGCUGCUGCGGCAGGCGCGGGGGGCGAAGCCCUGUUACGUGCUAGCUGAUGAUUAUAUUAAGAUGAUCAAUAGUGUUGUCGCCAGGUACUACUCCUUAUUGGACUCUGAAUUCGUCACUGAGAUUAGAAACGAAUUGUACGAACUACUGUUUGUGACCGAGAAGCAAAAGUACCACCCGGGCAUGCAGCUGUGCUUAGCGAAUGCCGCCUCUACGUACUUCGUCCUAACGCACAUUUUAGAUAAAACACAUGAGAUCUUGGACUUCGUACAUAAAUGCCUGAAACAUGAUAUAUACGAAGUGGUUCUAUCUGCGCUAAACUAUCUACUAAUAGUGAACAACAUGCUCGAAAUCGAAGACAAGUUUCAGGAGCAUUUAAAGGUUUUGUGCGAGAAAUCCAACAUGGCCACCAAGCUAGUAAUAGGAGAGCAGAUUUUUGAGGAUCUUGAAGAGAUUUUAAAAACGAAUAGAUACUUGGAAUGCCAACAGAAAGCGCUUCAAGUUUUGACUCUAAAUGAGGGUACUCAGGAAUAUAUCAUUCGAGGGAAAAACCGCCAAAUUGAGCUCACAGAUGGCGCUAUUAUUGAUACCCUAACGGACUUCAUAGAAACUGAACAUGAAAAUUUCACACAUAAUUACUUGCAGAGUUUAACCAGUUUUGUGUCUAAAAGGAUGUCGGAGAAUGCUGUGGAUGAUAAAAAGCUGUUGGAAAUAAUAAGGACGAUAUUCGCUUGCACUACCUCGGACAAUAGUGAAGAAACCAGAACAGUAGUUGUUCAGUUCAUGGAGAGUUCCUACAAGACGCUGUUCGAUGCGAGUCUGGACGGAUUAAAAGAGGAUGAAAGGUUCGAAUUCCGCGCUAUCCUCUACUCCACACUGAUCAUGAUCGUGGAAGACGAGAGCCCCGCCCUGUGUCAGCGUGGGGCGGGAGUGGUAGGGCGGGUCACCGGGUCCGCCCUCGCCAGCGCUGAGCUCAUGAUGGAGAGCAUCCGGGACGUCGCCAUGUACACCCUGCUCGCGCUGCUAGACUUCCGGACCGUGGUACAGAUGUCUGAUGUUAAUGAUGAGUGCCGAGUGUUCGACCAAAACGAACGCCACAACGCAUACUUCGAGGAGACGUUUUGGACGCGCACGUGCGUGGAGGCGAUCAAGCGGACACGCACAGUACAGGACCCAGUUACAUUCGUGAAGGAAAUAUCGCAGGACCCCAGAUAUAAGGCCGCUUUUACAUCACUGUGUGGGGAUAAUGUUGACGAUAUUAUAACAGAGCGAAGCGGUAGUGAUGUGAACCCCAAAUUGAGAGUUUUUAUUGAUACGUUUAUGAGUUGAUGGUCUAUAAUCUACGAAUAAUAAAAACUAAGGAUACAUAA